AGUCCAAUUCGAAACAUCUUUUUCGGGUUGGCCGGUCAGGCAGCCGAAGGAAAAGAGGGAACGAUGGUACAAAACAGCUGGCCACUGAACGGAACUACGCGAAAGAAGAAUGUUGCGCGUUAUUAGCGCUGCAGUUCGAGGCAUCGUGUCACAUGCAACUGUAGGAAAUGUUGGUACUCUUCUACUCAAAGAAUAUCCGAAACUUAUUACGAAUAUUACCCAAAAUAGAUCCUUCUCUUUUUUAUCUACGCAGACAUGGUUUAAUAUAAAUAAAGUAAAAGAGAAAACAUCGAUUGAUUGUACAGUAAUGCCACAUGAAAAUAUUAUCUCUGUGCAAGAUACAUUAAUUACUCCAAAAAGAACCUUGACAAAGUUUUCUUUGAAGAAAGGAAAGAGGAAGACCGUUAAAACAGUUAUCAAAAGAUUUUAUAGGCUAAAUUGGGGUAUAUGGAUAAGAAGAUAUGUUGCACAUGACAAACAUAUGUGGAGAAAAACAGAAGGUAGAAAGCGCAGAUUACGUCAGCAUAUUUUCACAAAUGGUACACAGUCUUGGUUACUUGAUACAAUGGUAACCAAGUAUUGGAGACGACCAAAAUUCUAUAUCGAUGAUCCUUACAAUCCAUAUCACAAAAGAGAAGAAUUCAGAAUAACACGAAAAAAACCUUUAGAUUAAAUUAUUUAUUUUAGACUUAUUGGAUAUAUAAAUCAAUUCUGAUUUAUCUUAUAAAAUAUUAUAGAAUAUGUUACAGAGAAAAAGAAAUUAUAUCAAAAGCAAAUCAAUAAAAUAUUUUCAUAUUGACAAAAGUCAGCAAAAACUGACUUUUGUCAAUUCCCAAAAACGCUGAACAUUUGAAAAAAAAAUAAGUUUACAAAAUAUCACAAGAUGGCGAUAGUAA